GGGCUUUUCUAGCUGUGUCUAUAGCUUAGUGUUUUCUCUUUGGGAGCUCUAAAGAUGAGAAUUCCACCAUGGCUUAUUCUGCUACUGAGUGUAGCUCAGUUUGUAAUCAGGUACGAUGCUGGUGCAGUGGAGCUCAGUGAGGACGCGGCCACAUUUUCUGAAAGUGGUGGGCUUAGCAGAGCCCAGUUUCCGAAGGGGUUUGUGUUCGGAACGGCGACGUCGGCUUACCAGGUCGAAGGCAUGGCCCAUAAAGAUGGCCGUGGGCCCAGCAUUUGGGAUGUCUUCAUUAAAAAUCCAGGAAUUGUUGCAAAUAAUGGUACUGGAGAGGUUUCAGUGGACCAAUACCACCGUUACAAAGAGGAUAUUGAUAUCAUGAAAAAACUCAAUUUUGACGCUUACCGAUUUUCAAUUUCGUGGUCACGCAUUUUUCCAGAGGGUACUGGAAAAGUAAACUGGAAGGGAGUUGCAUACUAUAACAGACUGAUCAACUACUUGCUCAAACAAGGCAUUACUCCAUAUGCAAAUCUUUACCAUUAUGAUCUUCCUGAGGCACUAGAGAAGAAGUACUUGGGUUUAUUAAAUGACCAAGUAGUAAAAGAUUUUGCUGACUAUGCAGACUUUUGUUUCAAGACAUUUGGAGACAGAGUCAAGAACUGGAUGACAUUCAACGAGCCCAGAGUUGUGGCUGCUCUUGGAUAUGACAAUGGAUUCUUUGCCCCAGGAAGGUGCUCCGAGGCAUAUGGGAACUGCACGGCUGGGAACUCAGCAACCGAACCUUAUAUCGCGGCCCACCAUUUGAUCUUAUCUCAUGCAGCCGCAGUUCAGAGAUACCGCGAAAAAUACCAACAAAAACAAAAGGGAAAGAUUGGAAUUUUGUUGGAUUUUGUUUGGUACGAGCCUCUUACGAGAUCAAAGGCUGAUAACUAUGCAGCUCAGAGAGCGCGCGAUUUUCAUGUUGGAUGGUUCAUUCAUCCCAUUGUGUAUGGUGAGUACCCAAAAACAAUGCAAGAAAUAGUAGGCAAAAGGCUACCAAAGUUCACAAAAGAUGAGAUUAAGAUGGUGAAGGGCUCAAUGGAUUUUGUGGGCAUCAAUCAAUACACUGCAUACUAUAUUUAUGAUCCUCACCAAACAAAACCAAAGGUCUUGGGGUACCAGCAGGACUGGAAUGCAGGAUUUGCAUACAAGAAGAAUAGAGUGCCAAUUGGUCCUAGAGCAUAUUCUAGUUGGCUUUACCAAGUUCCUUGGGGAUUGUACAACUGUUUAACAUACAUAAAAGAGCGCUAUGGAAACCCAACUGUGAUACUAUCUGAAAAUGGCAUGGAUGACCCGGGCAAUGUGACAAUGGCUCAAGGUUUACAUGACACAACAAGGAUCAAAUUCUACAAAAACUACUUGACUCAAAUGAAGAAAGCAGUUGAUGAAGGAGCUAAUGUGGUUGGCUACUUUGCAUGGUCAUUGCUUGACAACUUCGAGUGGAGAUUAGGUUACACUUCAAGGUUUGGCAUUGUCUAUGUUGAUUUCCACACCCUCAAAAGGUACCCAAAGAUGUCUGCCUAUUGGUUCCAAAAGCUUCUCCAAAGGAACAAGCAUUAGAGACCUACUAUGAGCAGCAUAAUAAGUAAUAGUCCUUGUGGUCUUUAACGUUGUGUAGUAUGCCAAAAUUAUCUUUACGGCAAUGAUGUUGAGUUUUUUUUCUUUCUUUAAUCUUAAGUCGGAUAAAUAAAUGUUGUAACUCUCAUGUUUUGUUGGUAGCCCAUAAAACAAUGUUCAAUAAAAUUGUUCAUCGUUUAGCUA